AUGGCUAAUGACUAUUAUUUCGGAAAUAAAACUGAAAAUUAUAACGAAAUGUUGAUGAAUGUUUUUAAUAUCGAUAUUAUCCCUAACAACUGUCAAAGAAAUCUUAUUUGCGAGGAGUGUGUCACCAAGCUCCGAGACGCUGCAGCAUUUAAGAGGAAGGUGCUAGGUAUACAGGAGGCAAUGAGGAGCAGCAUUGGUUGGGAACGUGUGGCCAUGGAAUUAGGUACGAAAUAUCAAGACGCUGAUUCUGUUGAUGAUUCCGACCUAGAACUAAGUGAUACUGUUGAGGACAGUUAUUUCCAUUGCGGCAAUUUUAAUCGUGCUGAGAAAGAACAAACCUUCGUGAUAUCUAUAAACCAAGUAGCAUUUGAUUCAAAAACAUCUCAAAAACCAGUAUUUCCAAGUAAAGAAAAUGAAAAUGGGUGUAUACAAAAUUCUGAUGCCAGCCUUAGCAAAACUAAAGAUCUCAAAAGCACUAACACUUUCAAAUCGAAAUUAAGGAAAACCGUUAUAAAUUCAAACGUAACGGUUUCGAAACAGAAUUUACAAGUACCUAUAGAGAGUCAUGGUUCAAAAAAUGAUAUUUCUGAUGCGAUGACCAAUGAUGAAGACAACAGUAACGAUUUUUGUGCUGCAAUAAUUGGUUCAGGAGAUGAUGAUGUUGAUGGAGGUGAUUUUGAACAUAUCAAAGUUGCUGGCUACAAAAUGGUCAAGAGAAAAUGUGUUGCAGCGAAACACAAGCAAGCUAUAAAGGAAAAAGAAGGACAGCAACAAACAGACCCACAUUUGAAAGAUAAAGCCCAAAAUACAUUGAAAUUAAUACAAAACUCAAAUCUUUGCGUCUUUAAGUCUUUUCGAAAUAAAUUCGGAUGCAUGCUCUGUCCGUUAAAAUACCCAGUCUUCAGCGAUUUGAGGGAACACUACAACACGCAUAGAAACACUAAGAGGCUCUCUGCGAUCGUCCGUAAAUUACGCGGAAUAAAUUGUAAAAAUGCAGAAGUAACAAAUCUAAAAUGCAACAAAUGUUCAGCAAAUUGCAAUGAUCUGACAGAUUUAAUUGAACAUCUAAAAAAUAAACAUGAUAUUUCUUUACGUGGAAAAGAGCAUUAUUUAGUGCCAUACAAAUUACAAGAUGGCGGUCCUUACCAAUGUCUGUUGUGUGAUGAAAAGUUGCAAUCUUACAUGAAGUUGUCCAUUCAUAUGAACAGCCAUUUUCCUAAUAAUGUUUGUGAGAUUUGCGGGCAGUCUUUUAUGAACCGUCGAAGUCUAAGCAUGCACGUUCAAUGUCAGCACAAAGAAAAAAAAUGUUCAAAAUGCCCCGCCGUUUUUUUGACAAAUGGGUCCCGUAUCAAGCAUUUGAGACAAGCACAUGGGAUAAGAAACUCAAAACGUUACUGCAAUUUGUGUAGCAAGCAUUUUACUUACACUUAUAUGGUUGACGAACAUAAAAUAAAGGAGCACGGCUUCAAAAGACCUAUUUGUAACUGUCCGGAAUGCGGCAAAACAUUUAGUAAGCCGUUAAAUUUGAAAACUCACAUUCGUAGCGUGCAUAUAAAGGAACGGAAUUAUCCUUGUCCAAAGUGUGAGUUACGGUUCUUUACGAAUUGUGACCUGAAACGCCAUGAAAAAACUCAUGAAGAGUUAAGAUCUUUUUGCUGUACUUAUUGUGUAAGUAAGUUUAAAAGUAAAGAUUCGUGGCGAAGGCAUUUAAGGAGACAACAUGGACAUGUGUUCGGUGGCGUAACUUUAAGUAAAAGUGACUGUACUAUUGAAUGA